GCUAAUGCUGUCUGGAAAAAUGAAAAAAUCAAAAAAGAAAUUAUGCAGCUAGUGAAAAAAGAGGUCGAGCGAGAAUGCACACAUUUAUGUUCCAAGAAGAAUCCCAGUUGUUUGAGAAAGACAGACAAAGAAGACAUGCUCGAUUUUUCUAUGGAGAAACUCUGUUCAGAGGUAGAGGACAGGGCACCGAUGCUACACAUCGUUUUAUCAGCUGCUGCUAUCAACAGAAGAAGCAGAGCUGAAACUGAAACUCCAGCUACUAGAUUUGGUGCUGUUGGGAUGGCUGCUGCUGUGUGCCUCAGAAACCGAUCGAGAUACAUGAUUGCAGUGCAGUUCCUGAUCACUAAUUUCCUAUAUCAUUCAAACUGGCUGGUAGGUACUAAAAUUGUCACUUUGUAGUCACCACUCUUAAAUUUAAUUUAUCAUGUAUGGAUCAAGACUAGGUGUAUUUUCAUGACAUUCAUAAUCAACACAUUUGUCAUUUGUUUGGCUCAACUAAUUAAAGAAAUAUUUCUGUCCAGGCCUUGGCUCAUUAAAUCUAAUAAAUUUAUUGCUAUGUAUUAAAACCAUAUGUGAAGAGUACCAAAACAGAUUAUUUGCAAGGUAUGUUUAUGUAAUCUGAUCAUAAAUGUUGUUUAUCUUACUGCUGUGUACUUAUUCUUUUUUUGUAUACCUAUUCUUUGUACAUUUUUAAAAUUUGAUUUGUAUAUCAUCAACAGAUAGGUUAUCAGCAGGUCCACAUCAGUUUUAGCUGCCUUUUAACCUGCUUUACCAAAUAAACUAUGAAUGAAUGAAUGAAUGAAUGAAUGAAUAAAUGAAUGGAUGUCCUUCAGCAUGAUUGAAAAUAUAACUUUCUUUCCUUUGAGGGCAUUAAACUUCUUUUUGACAAAUAGGUAAAUAGAUCCAAGCUUUUACCAAUUGACAGUGUUCAUUGGUGAAAGCUUGAAUUUCAAUUUUCUUUUUUAAACAGUAGGGCCACACUAUAAAUGAUAAUAUUUUUUUCUUCUGCUUAUGUGGUUUGGGUAAAAACUAUCUAUAUGAUAGCAAACGAUAGUGUACAUUGUGAUCAACAGGCUUCACUAGCAAGGCUGAGCACUCUGAGGAUUACAACAAGCCAUACCUACCUGUACAAGAAGCUCGAUGAAUUUGGCAAGGACCAUGACAAGCCUAUCUGUGAAGCAGUUGCCAGGCAAAGUGAGUAUAUGGCCAGUGUGCGUGACCAUCCAUCUGCGGAAAAUGAAGAUCAGCGUUCAGAGAAAUCUAACAAGUCCACGUGCCACACCCCAGACUGUGGGCGCAAGGUGGUCUUUGACAACCUGGAUUACAGCCAGGAGGUCCACUGGAUGACGGAAGACCAUCAAAACACCGAUUGUCAUUGUGUAACUGCAAUGUCGACUGAGAAUAGGGUGCCUGGUAUGGGGUUAAGCACCGAAACACCACAGUUUGGAUUGCUUGAUAUGGAGAAUGGGGAUUGUCUGCCAUCUGCCCUCGAUAAUGCCAAGCAGCAAGAUAACUAUGUCAAGCUUGUUGAGAGAAUAAUAGUCAAUAGCAUUCCGUGUCUUGAAUACCUGGCCACUGCAUGUACCAACCACAUUCCCCAUCAGUAUAGUGGUGAGAUGAGAAAGAAAACUGAUACAGUAAGUAUGGACAGUAAUGUAGGAUGGCAGACUCUGACAAUGAGCAAAGAGAAAUUCCAAUGGGUUGGGAGUGGAUUAUCUUUAAGGCAAAUAAUAAUUGAAGUCCAACGGAGCUGGUGGUUUUUAUUGCCCUACAAGUGUUAUCAGAUGGCCUCCUUUACAGAAAGACAAGGUUUUCCCUAUAUUUUUGAGCACAAAGCAAUGCUAGGCAAGAAAAAUGUUACCAACAUGAUUUCUUUUCUUUCCAGGAAAUCGGAUUUAUUAUCAUAAUAAUUGUUACUGUGAGCUAUAUUUUCUCAAAUUUUCCAGGACACAUUAAGUACAAUUGGAAAAAAAAUCUUUUUAAAAUAGCCACAUUUCAGCUGGUAUUCUCACGCUAUCAUUGGCAGACUGUAAUGUGUCUGGAAUGAGGCUAAAGGGAAGAAUAAUUAUUUAUUUCAACAGGUCUUCUUGGGUAUGAUCUAUGAGAAUGAAAAUGAUGCUGAUGGUAUCUUGAGGGUUCUCCAGGAGCUGCAUCAAUAUGUCCCGUUUGAUGGAGAUGAUGAUGAAAGGGUAUAUGGCCAGCAAGGGGUUGUUGGAGAUCAGCUCAGUGUGGAGAGGGGAGUUAAUGGGCAUUGUUCCCUGGCAAAUGGCUUCACCCCUGAAGAGAGGCUGGAGGGCCUGCAUUUUGAGAUCGCAGACUGGCAUGGAGGCAAUAAGUUCACCAAGGUUGGUAGAUCAUUCUUGUAUGAAUUUCAACUAAAGUCGUGUUAUUCUUAGAUGUUUCCAUGGUUAUUGGCUUGCUACUGACAGUCGUUUACUACUGACAGUCGAGACUAAGUCUGUGGCUUCAGUACAACUCCAUGCCGUUUAUUUUUUCGUCAGUGUGGUGAGGCUGUUGCUAACGUGUCGUCAUUUUCUUUCAAAAUCAUAUCUCACACAAGAUAAAUUAGCUUAUCUCAAAAGGUGCCAUAAGCAAUUAUGUCAAGAAAUGAUUUAGUUUACUAGAGCCUAAUACUGCCCUAAUACUAUUAUUGUUAGGUUGCUUUUUCAAAUCUGUUUAAUGGAGCAUCUGCUGGAGACAAAUGCACAAUGUACAGUGACAGAAAUCUUGUCAACCGAAGGAACGUGAAAGGGGAUGUCACAGCUGCUGCCAAUGCCUGCUGCAGGUUUCUUCAGCUGGAAGUUGAGACUCAAGUAGUUGCUGCAGCCAUGGAAAUCCUUGGGAUGAGUAGUUUGGAUGAUGAAAAACCUACCAAGAAUGCUCCUCCUGAUUCCACAGAUGCAACAGAUGUUGCCAAAAAGAGCUACCUGAGGCGUAUAGCAUCACUUGUCGUUGACACUUAUGUCAUUGAUCAACAACGCAAUCUAGAUAUCCAGCAGUCAGUCCAAAUAGUAGAACACGAGCAAGGUGCAAGACAGCAAGAGAUAACAGUAGACAGGGAAGGCAGAAGGAGAUUCAAGUGCAGGGCUCCUGGUUGUAACAAGGAUUUUGCUCAUGAUGGAAAACUCAGGAGAGAUCAUGAAGCAAAACACAACUCUCCUGUGGCUAUUGACCAAAUUCCAGCCAGACUCUUUGUCCUGGACACACCUGUUGAUGAUGAUGACGGAGAUGACAUGCUGUCGUAUCAGAAAGCUCUCCUUGAUUAUGGUAUGAUUGUUAUAAACUUCUGGGAUGCUAUUUCUGAGGGAGAUGGUCAGCGUGUUAUUCGCCGCUGGAAGUUCUUCCUGAUGUAUUUGAAGCAUCAGGGAGGUUCUGCAACU